UAAAUUUGGUAACACCGGGUACCACUUCUGGUUCAGGCUCCGUUCAGUCAACAUCCACUGGUACCAGACGAUCGACAAUGGCAGACCUAAGCAGCAAGGAUGUCGAAAGGGCAGAAUUCGCCUUCUCCAUUUACGACUCUGACGGCACCAACGUCAUCGAUGCGGUUGAUCUUGGCAACGUUCUUCGCGCGUUGAACUUGAACCCGACAAAUGCGACCAUCGAAAAGAUGGGCGGCACGAAGAAGAAGGGCGAAAAGAAACUGAAACUGGACGAAUUCCUGCCUAUCUUCAGCCAGUGCAAAAAAGACAAGGAUCAGGGGUGCUACGAAGACUUCCUCGAAUGUUUGAAGCUGUACGAUAAACAGGAAAACGGAACGAUGCUCGGCGCGGAAUUGUCCCACACACUUCUGUCACUUGGUGAACGUCUUACUGACGUGGAAUGCGACGAAGUCAUAAAGGACUGCAUGGACCCAGAAGAUGAUGACGGUUUCAUCCCCUAUGCCCCCUUCUUGAAGAAGAUGAUGGUGCUGUUGUAAACGGUCGAGGUGUAUAUCCAGACAAUGAUCAUUCAUCCGUUCCUUCGUAGACUGUGUGAGAGAGCGGCAGCACCAAGCGACGAUUAGUAGGAUGAUCGCUGUCAACAUCUAUGCGCCAAGCUCCACGUCGACGAUGGACACAUUCGCCAUAUUCGCUCGUCACAUUCACCACUCUUCUCAUCCCCCUCCCGCUGGAUCACCUUGCAAGGAUCCAUUUGACAAUUUGCACGUAAAUCGCGAUUCUGGAAUCAGCAACAUCAAUGCGUCAGCAAUAGUUUAUUGAAAGAAAAGCAAGAAAGAAGAAGGGCCCCAUGAACAUCAAGUAUACAAAAGGAAAAUAAUAUUUCAUCUCGAAAUGCACGCGAUAUCGUUAUUCGAUUCGGUUUCAUGCGAUACAGCGUCCGUUAAAUUUACAGAAUGCAAAAUAUCUUUAUAUAGCAGCACUGUACAAAGUCAGAUGAAACGGUCGAUGUUAAUUUACUUCUUACUGUUACUGUAAUAAAUCGCUCCUCUCGAACCGAUGGAGAGGAUUAAAAGUCUCUCGCUUUGCAUUGUUA